CUUCAGCAGGACCCCUGAUAUAAUUGCUUUAGAGGUUCCCUCCACACUAUCCUUUGGCCAUGGCAGAUAUGUCAAUACCCUUACAUUCAGUGCGAUUCAGCAAUGUGCUGACGGAGGAAGGUGUCGACCCCCAAAACAGGGAGACGACCUGCUCUGGACCAAUGGUAGAGAACAGAGCAGAGGUCCAAAUUCUGCAUUCUAGUGUCCAGCCUAUGGUCUCAAGUUCAGCGUCAGACCCUGGAGGGAUGUCCACACAGCCGAUGACAUCCCCAGCCUUUGACACCAUGGCCGUACCUCUAAUGGGAGCAGCAAACUCUGGAGCACUGUCCACACCGCUAAUGCCAGCCUCAGACUCUGGGACACUGUCCCCAUUGUUAAUGCCAGCUUCAGAUUCAGAGGCAUUGUCCCCAUUGUUGAUACCAACCUCAGACUCUGGGGUGCUGUCCCCACUGCUAAUGCCAGCCUCAGAUUCUGGGACACUGUCCCCAUUGCUGUCCACUUCAGAGUAUGGAUUAAUGUCCCCAGGGCUGCUGACAAUUCCUGACUUUGGAACAAUGUCCACAGCACUAAUGGCAACACCAGAUUCUGCAGAGAUAUCACCACUGGCAAUGCCAGCUCCAUCCUCUGAAGCGAUGUCCACACCAUUGAUGCUAGCCCCAAAUCCUGGAGAGAUCUCCCCACUCCUAAUGCCAGACGUGAACCCCGGAGUGAUGUCCCCACAGCCAAUGCCAGCUCCAGGCUCUGAAGGAAUGUCACCAUUGCAAAUUACAGACGAAGACACUGAAGCCAUGUCUAAAGUGCUAAUGACUGCCCUGGCCUCUGGAGAGAUCUCUUCACUGCUCAUGUCAGGCACAGACUCUGAAGCGAUCUCCUCACUGAUAAUGUCAGCCCUAACUUCUGGAGCAACGUCCACCCAGCCAACGAGCGUCCAAGACUCUGGGGAAAUGUCCACCCAGCUAAUGUCAGGCCCAGACUCUGGGGUAGUGUCUUCACCACUUAUGACAGCUCCAGGCUCCGGAGCAAUGUCCUCACUGUUCCCGUCAGUCCCUGAUGCUGGAGAAAUGCCCACAUUGCCAAAGCCAGCCCCAGACGCUGAAGCGAUGUCCCCACUGGUCAUGAUGGCCCUAACCUCUGGAGGGAUGCCCACCCAGCUGAUGCCAGCCCAAGGCUCUGGAGUGAUGUCCUCACGGUUAACACAAAAUCUAGACUCUCAAAUUGUGUCUAGUCCACCAAUGAGAGCAACAGCCUCCGGGGGGAUGUCCACAUCGCCAGUGAGAGCCUCAGACCCUGGAGCAAGGUCGACACUGAGAGUGAGAGCCCCAGCCUCUGGAAAUGUGUCCACGUUGCUAAAGACGGUCCCAGACUCUGCAGCACUGUCCACCCCACUGAUGACGGCGGCAACCUCUGGAGCAAAGUGCGCAGAGCAAAUGUCAACCACAGCCUCUAGAGCGAUGUCCACACAGUUAGCAACGGCUAGAACUUCUGGAGCUACAUCCAUGGGCUUUAUGAAAGUCCCAGCCAAUGGGGCGAUGUCCACACUGCGAACGAGAGCCCCAGCCUCUGGAACAGUGUCCACACUGCCAAGUACAGCCCCAGUCUCUGAAACAAUGUCUACGCUACAGAUGACAGCCUCAGCCUCUGGGUCAGUGUCCACACCGCAAAUGAGGGCGCCCGUCUCUGGAGCAAUGUCUGUGUCACAGAGGAGAGCCACAGCCUCGGGAGUGACAGCUGUACCACAAAUGAGAGCCUCUGGAGCCCUGUCCACCCCACGGAUGACAGCCAAAGCCUCUGGAUCCGUGUCCACACUGUUAAUGAGAGACACAGCCUCGGCAGUGAUGUCCGUGCCACAGAUGAGAGCUAUGGCCUCGGGAGCAUUGUCCAAGCCACUAACAGCAUCCAAAGCCGCAGAAGUAAUGCUCACGCAGCAAAUGACAACUGCAGCUUCUGGAGAGAUCUCCACAAUGCUAAUGAGAGACACCGCUUCUGGAGCCGUGUCCAUGCCACAGAUGACAGACACUGCCUCUGCAGCGCUGUCCACACCGCUAAUGAGAGCCCCAGCCUCUGGCGACACGUCCACACCACAAAUGACAGCCGCAGCCUCUGGAACUAUGUCCAUGCCUCUAAUGAGAGCCCCAGGCCCUGGAGCCAUGCCCAUGGCGCUAAUGAGAUCCACAGCCUCUGGAAAGGUGCCCAGUCAGCCAAUGAGCGCCCAAGACUUUGGGGGGAUGUCCAUGUCGCUCAGGAGAUCCAUGACCUCUGGAGGGAUGUCCCUACUGCAGACGCAAGCCCCAGCCUCUGAACUGAUGUCCACACCAAAAAUGAGAGCCCCGGCCUUUGGGGCGGUGUCCACACCACUGAUGAGAGCCUCAGACCCUGGAGAGAUGUCCACACUGCUCACAAGAGCUUCAUCCUCUGGAGAGAUGUCGCCAGCACUAACGAGACCCCCAGCUUCUGGAGAGAUAGCCACGCCUCUGAGAGCCCCAGCUUAUGGAGCAAUGUCUACUCCGCAAAAGACAGCCACAGCCUCUGGAAUGAUGUCCAAGCCACAGAUGAGGGCUCCAGUCUCUGGAGAGAUAUCUACAUCGCUAAUGAGAUCCACAGCCUCUGGAGUGAUGUCCGUGCCUCAAAUGACAGCCGCGGCCUCUGGAGGGGUGUCCAUGCCACUGAUGAGAGCCCCAGCCUCCAGGGCAACAUCCACAACGCAAACGAUGCCCACAGCUUCUGGAGAGAUGUGCAUGCUAUCAAUGCGAGCCCCUGCCUCGGGAGUGAUGUCCCCGCCAUUAUUAAGGGCUCCAGUGUCUGGAAUUAUAUCCACACCACUAAGGAGACCCUCAGCCUCUGAAGCUGUGUCCACAGAGUUAAUGAGAGCUCCAGCCUCUGGAAAGAUGUCCACCACACAAACAACAGCUGUGGCCUCUGGAGGGAUGUCCAAGCCAUUCAUUAGAGCCACGGCCUCUGGAACAAUGCCCAUGCCAUUGAUGUCAGCCAUGGCUUCUGGAGAGAUGUCUAUGCCGCUGAUGAAAAACAUGGCCUCUGGGGCAACGUCCACACUGCAAAAAAGAGUUGUGGGUUCUGGAUCUACUUCCUUGCCACAGAUGACGUACGCAACCUCUGGAGGGAUGCCUGCAUCACCUAUGAGAGCCUCAGCUUCUGGAGCAACGUCCGCAUCGCUCAUGAGAGCCUCGGCUUCUGGAAUGAUGUCCAUGCCGCUUCUGAGAGCCACAGCCUCUGGGGGUAUGUCCAUGCCACAAAUGGCGGCCACAGCCUCUGGAAUGAUGUCCACUCUGGAAAUCAAAGCCAAAGACUCUGGGGAAACAUCUGCCUCUCACAUCAACGUCACAGCCUUUGGAUCAAAGUUCACACCACACGUGACUGCCACGACCCCUGAAACAAUGAACCAACCACCAGAGGAAGUCCCAUCUUUUGGCAUGCUGACCCCAGCACUCUGUUACCUCUUAGAAGAACAGGAAGCAGCCCGGGGUUCAUGCUCUGUGGAGGAGGAGAUGGAGGUUGAUGAGGAGAAGCAAAUGAAGGGAUUUUUGAACGAUUCAGAGAAAAUGGCCUUUCUGGUGUCUCUUCAUCUGGGGGCAGCAGAGAGGUGGUCCAUCUUGCAGAUGGAGGUAGGAAACCCCCUCUCCAAUGAAGAUAAAUCUUUCCUGAGCAGAUCCCAGGGCUUAUAUGACUCCCUAUCUGAAAUAGACAUCCUCAGUGCCGUCCUUUGCCAUCCCAAGCAGGGCCAGAGGUCAGUCAGGCAGUAUGCCACUGAUUUCCUCCUGCUGGCCCGACACUUGUCUUGGUCUGAUGCCAUUCUGCGGACCAGGUUUCUGGAAGGACUCUCGGAAGCUGUUGCCACUAAAAUGGGCCGGAUCUUCCUGAAGGUGGCCGGCAGCCUAAAGGAGCUAAUAGACAGGUCUCUCUAUACCGAGUGCCAGCUGGCUGGAGAGAAGGAUUUCCCGGGCUGCUCAAGCCAGGUUCUGCCGUCAGCCUGUAAGCGGAAUAACGAGGACGCAAUGGAGAAUGAACUGAACUCUCAGCAGCAGACCGAGGAGCAUCAGCAUGUCCCCAAACGCUGUUACUACCUGAAAGAGCAUGGAGACCCUCAAGAGGGUCUGCACGACCACCUUCGACAGAGCACAGGCCAUCAGAAGGCCGCCACUAACAAGUAAUGCUACCUGGACACUUCUCCUGUGAUAUCCAGCUUGGCUGCUAACUUGAGGACUGGUUCCUGGACCCAUUCCAUUCAAUUACAUCAUUAAACCUUGUGGCCUUCCCCCUUCAGCACCCCCCUCCAGGCGCAUCCCACCCUAUCUCCCACUUGGCUGACUUGACCUUCUCUUUCACCCCCACAUGCCUUUGACCUGCCCCAGCGAUCAGAGCGUGGACUUCAAGAGCGUUUGGUGUAUGAGGUUCUGAACUCCCAUUACCGCCGAGGCCAGUCCUAGUUCCUGGUCCAGGGAGAAGUCUAGGCAGGAGAAACCGUGUCCUACCUCAAAAACACCUUAGAAUGUCUUGCCACGUGUCAUCAGGCAAACUUGAGGAAGCCCUGGUCCCAUUUCACCUGGCAGGGGAGCCUAUAAGGAGAGUGACGCCCACUCCAAUACCAUCCUUUUCAUCCAGUACACUUGUCCCUGUAUGCCCCAAUUCAUAGCACCUAAAAUGGGUCUCCAGGGCCCUCGCCCUGUUUAUAGUCUCCAUCCUGAACCAUUCGUUUUGACCCAUAGUAGUAAUCUUAGUAAUGGCUAACAUUUAUUGAUUAUGUGUUGUGUGACAGUUACUGGGCGAAACUCUCGACAAGCAUCAUCUCACUACAUUCUUACCAUAACCCGACUUGUUCUUGUGUUGUCAACGUCUUGAGCUAUUGUCAGUGACUGUUGUCUUGUCCCUCAGUGUCGAAUCUCUAGCUCUGACUUUUGGGUGACCCCUCAGUUGUUAAUUGCCCUCACUCCCCCUUGGCUAUUGUGUUUUGUGGCCAGCCCUCUUGAUAAAGAUCUUGGUCUGUAAACAGGCAUAGAUAGUUAGAGCGUAAUAUGAGCAGUGUUUGCCUUCAGGUGGUGGGAUUAUGGGUGUUUUAAUUUUCUUCUUUCUACUUCUCUGUACUUUCCAGAUUCUCUACAGUAAGCAUGUGUUACA